GGGCCUGCAAAACCAAAGCAAUAAGCCAUAUAAUCUGGCUCAUACAUAUGUAUGUAUCUGUUUCAUACAGUAGACACGAAGGGCGCAUGCCAUAUUUGCUGUAUUGCAUGUACAUGACUUGUAUCUCGGUGUCUGUAUUAAGCAUGCUCUCAGAAAAAAAAAAAUCUCACAGACAAAAUGUUUUAUCGAUACAAAGGCUAAAGCAGACUUUUUGUACAGGAACAAAACAUUGCUUAAUACUGCUUACAUCUGUAACAAGUUCAGUCUAAAGAAACCUCACAAUCAAUUUAUCAUAGUUUCAGACUAAAAUUACUCUAUAAAUUAUUCUUGAAACACAGCACUGGAAUCCUUUGAAAGUCUGUGAAUUUGCUUUGUACUCCACCUGUCACUUUUCCUUUACGACUCAGCUUGGUGGGCUGAAUGUGAAACAAAACCUUUAAAAGGUUAUUUGCUGUUGUAAUUAGGUUUUCACUGGCAAGAUAUUCAGUUGUGUCCUCCAGCGUUAUUAUAACUUCAUUCAGUGACCAUUUUGAAUGUGCUCAAUGUUUUUAAACGACAUUUCUUGUAGACGCACUGGAGUUCCUUUGAACAUUAAAGCCAGAAAAGACUCACAUGGGUUUGAGAACAUUGACGACUACUUUCCUGAUUCAGAUCCAGAAGAAGAAAAUGUUGUUCCAAAUACACAAAGCUCAGCUCAGGAAACCCUUGUUGGAAGGAAAGCAGUGAAUAUUAAUCCUAGAAAAGAUGCUGAAGUGUUUGUCAAUGUUGAUGACAAUUAUGCUGACUCAGGGGCCACCAAAUCCAUGGAGUCAUCUCCAGGUGAAGUUGAACCAGCAGAUACUCCUGAAGGAAAUGAUGAGUCACCAAAUGACACAGGAACUGCCAUUAAAAAUCCUGCAUCUCGACAACCAACCCCUCAGUUAAGAGGACCAAUUAAGAAGAGGUUGUCAUUCGCAAAUGGCAAAUCGCCAAAUGAAUCAGAAAAUAAUCAAGUUCACUGCAGAGAUUCACAGAGUUGCAAGAACACAGAUCCUACCAGCGAGGAAAUUGUAGAAAGUGAGAUUGAAAUUGACGUUGUUGACUUGAGCAAUGAUUCUAACCUUAUUGUCGAGGAAAGUGGUAACAGCUCUUCUCUUGCUGUCAAGAGCAAAAAGAAGGAUAAACAAGAGCAUGCGGGACAUGCGCGAAACACAAAAAACCGCGCUGACGAAGAUGAUGAGGUCAUUGAUGUCGAAGAAAUUGAAGAGGACGACACCUUUCUAACCAUUGGGAAUAACACAACACGAAUUGCCAAGAGCAAUGCAGCUGUUGGUAAGACCCCGGUGUCGAGCAACGCUGAGAGUUUCAUCAUGAGCGAGAGUUUUGUUCUGGAAGGGACCAGGCACAAGUCAAUGUCACCAGAAUUCGGGUCCAGCUCAGACAGUCAAACUGAGCCUGACGCCAGGGCUAAGAAAUCCAAGAUACCCAUACGGCAAAAGGGUUUAACGAACACCAAGCCAGCAGAGCAGAGAGCAACAAGAGGAAGAAAGAAAAAGGCGGUGGAAGAGCCACAGAUAGUGGAGACAGAGGAGACAGAAGCUGAUGAGAAGGAGGAGGAUGAGCGAAGGGAUUUGUCGAGCAACAGCAAAGAGCAGGUCAUCUCCGCAAGGAGUAAGAAAGAGGCAGCUGGGAAAGGGAAGCCUGUGGAGUCAGAGGCUGUGGAAGUUCAGAAUAGAGGUACUGAUGAGAAAGAGGAAAGAAGAGCAACAAGCUUACCAGGUAAACGACAACAACAAAAGUCAACAAGAGGCGAGAGGAAAGUUACGGUGUCAGAUGAGGGGGAUGAUGGUGACGAAAGUAGUGCCGUUGAUAUUGAACACGGGAAGAAAAAAGCCGGAGGAAGGAAGAGUGUAUCAAAAAUCACACAAAAACAGAAGAGAAUUACACGUGGAAGAAAGCAAAAAAGUGACACUGAAAACAUGGACGAUGGAGCAGCUGAGGUGAUUAAUGUGGACAGUGAUGACAAGAAGCUAUCAGGUCACAGGACAAGACCAAAAGAAGGAGUUGAGGAUGAAAAUAGAGCAGAACAAAACGGGAGUGCUGCAGACAGGAGUGAACAACCAGGUGAAAACAAAACGACUGAAGUUAGUGGGAGAAAGACAAGGGCACAGAGAAAAAAGGAGAAAGAUGACAAGGAAAAUGAUGUCUCAGGAGAAGGAAAAGAAAACGAAGUUGUUGUUGAUGAUGAUAUAGAAACUGAGGAAGUGGAAAGUGAAAAUAUGGGAUCUUUGGAGAUGGAAAAAGAAAUUGAGAAAUCUGAAAAGGAAUCAAGGGUGAAAAGAAAGGAAAAAGUAAAGAAGAAUAAGGGAAACAAUGGUGUUGCAAAUGAACGAAACUUGACCCAGGCUUACAGUAAGAGGGGAGGUAGGAAGUCUCAAAGUGUUGGAGGAGAUAAGACGCUGGGGGAAGGUGAUGAGCAGGAUUUGACAGAGGAGGUGAAAGAUGUGUCCAAAGUCAGGGGAGGGGUGAGAGGGAAAGGAAGAAAACCACAAGUGACUGAAGAAAGAGAACAUGAUGCAGAGCAAGAAGAUAAAAGGGAUGCUCUUGAUACUAUGGAGGAUUUGGCUAAGGGGCAGGCUUCUUCCAGUGAACAUGUUUUAGUGACUAACAUCACCAAUGUAUUCAGCAAUGCUUCCUCCAGUUCGGAGUCCACGAAAAAGGUUAUUACUGGCAUAAGGCGUAAACGAAGAAAGCGCUCACGGAUUUUGCCACCAUAUGCAACAAAACGACUACCCAACAAAGGAAACAACUCAAAAAGCUCUGCCACUAUAAACAGUCAUGACUCGAUGUCUGAAACAGAUGCAAAAAAGCGCAAAUUACAAGUCGAAGGGAACCAAACAAGCAUUGGUAAAGAGAAGUCGUCGAGGAAAGGAGCCACCACAAAUCCUAGGAUGUCAGAUAGAGCUAAACGUCCUGGAAGGACAUCUGAAGGUGCGACGAAAUCUGUUGCCCAAGGCCACGAGAAAGAGUGUCCUAAACGUGGCCGUGGCGUGUCAGGCGCUACAGUGGAAAACGCCAAUAACGACGAUAAUGUGAUUGAGGACGCUGCUUCUGUUGCUGUUGAUGAAGUUGAUGUACAUGAUUCUGUGCCAGAAGCGACUGAAGUGGGCGACAGUUCCAUUGAAUCAGUCUUGGUGCAUGGAACAGGCACCAUGACUCCAGCUCAGCCAGUCACCGCGUUAAAGUCAAUUCUCAAGUCAGGAGGCAGUGUAGGGCGAGCUGCUACAGUGUCUAGAAAACGUGGUAAGACCCCAGACAAAUCUCACUCAGGUGGUAGCGAUGCUGACGACGAGAGUGUAUUACCAGCUAAACAGCCCAACAGGAAGCGCCUUUCCACGGUCAGUUUUGCGUCCACACCGUUUGUCCAUCAGUCACCGUCUGUUCCUGCAAAUCGCUCCUCUGCUGGCCUGUCGUUUGCGUCCAAAUGCAGCAGCUACCUAUCCACAGAUGAGACUUUCACUCCAGGGAGUGUUGGAACUGCCAGGUCUUCCAUGGGCUCUGCUGGCAGCUCCAGUGCCGGGGAGUCUCCUAUUGAUCCUGAAGAGGAGGUCACUAUUACUAAUGAUGCUAGACAAUCAGAGGAUACACCAGAUGAACAGAAUACGAGACGAAGUAAACGGACCAUUGUGCCGCCAUUACAGUACUGGAAAAAUGAGCGGAUAGAUUAUGAGCGCCGAAAAUCAGGUGGAUGGUGCAUAAAGGGCAUUAUCAAAAAUCCAACUCCGACACCCAAGCACAAAAGAAAGCCUAGACAAAACAAGAAGCCUGUUGUCAGAAAGGAAAACAACGAAAAUGCUGUAGAUUUUUCAGAAGAAGAACUUGACAAUCAGGAUUUAGAGGGAUUCCAAGAGAUGACAAACCCAACAGGCAUGGUGUUACACGCAGAGAACAACGAAGAGGUUCAAAUGGAUAUAUUUCAUACUCCGGCCAUGUUAAACUUUACGAAUCCGUCAGGAAAACCCGCGCAAGAUGACGACCCGCUUAUCGUCCACAAGUUUAUUUCACAGCCUCUCUUUGGUGGCGGGCAAGUGAUCUUGAGGCCUGAGGCUGAGAAGGGACGUCAGGUUGUUCGUAACGACACAAUGGUGUUUUACGUUAUAAAAGGAACAGUUAUGGUGACUGUUCACCAGUGCUCCACCGUCCUCCAUACUGGCUCGACAUUCUUCGUUCCUCAAGGCAAUUCCUAUAACAUCAAAAACCUUAAGAAAACAGAUGCCAAACUGAUGUUUGUUCAGAUCAAGGGGUAGAAACACUUUUCAAGCUGUCCACAACGUUAUAAUGACAUUAAAUGAACGACAAAAUCCUUCCAUCAAGGAUUUAUCGUCCUGUGCCUUUUUCUAAUGAGACGAUACGUUUCGCGUAAUGUUUAGUUUAUAUGCUAGUAGUACACAGUACAUCGUGGCUGUUGUUGUGAUGUCGACUAUUUUUAUUCUGAGAUAUAUUAUAGAUUUAUAGAUGUAUUUUUUUAAAAAUAGUAGCGAGUAUUUUAGCAUCACAAUCGAGGAUCAGCUGCUUAAAGGAGCUACGCCACAGUUGAAAAGUUUAGCUUAAAUCUUUCGUGGAUUGUAAUUGAUUGUAACAUUGUAAUCCAUGUUAACCUCUUCGUCUUUAACUACCCUUGUUCCUUU